AUGGGAGAGGUAAUGUAUUAUAUAAAGGUUGAUAUUCAUGAGGUGAAGGAUGUGUUGUAUAAGGAAGAAGUUACAGAGCGUGAGUUAAUUCCAAAUGUGUUUGUUGAAGCUGUUUUUAAGGAUUAUAGUAACUGCACUCAGACGAAAGAACAUUCUUCCAACGCCUUCUUUAAUGCUUCAUUUAACUUUACACCUAAACUUAGCGCGUCAGAAUUUGAACGCGGUAGAAUUAUCGUAGCUCUUUACCAUAAAGAAGGAAUUGCCAGUUACAAGAAACUCAUCGGACAUCAUGCCUUUAGUCUGCCACUUAUAUAUUCGAAACAACAACAUUGUAUACAUAGAUCCUGGGUUAAAGUUUUCAAUCCCAAUUUCCCAACUCAUAACGCGGGAAGUAUGUUGGUAUCGAUAUCAGUAUCAGCCCCUGGAGAUAAGCCUGCGGUGUUUAAGGAUGAUGACUUAUCAGGUCAAGGUUUAGGUACUGACUUAGCUCAAACUGGCAUAAGAUUUAACAAAGUUCCAGAGAUGAAUUUAAAGAAUUUUAUGUUAUAUUUAAACGUCGUUUGUGGCAGAGAUUUCAUGAAUAAAGAUCAGUUUUACUCUGAAAUAAAACCCUCAGUUAAGCUGUCACACUUUGGAAUCACCGAAGAAACUCCGCCAAUGAAUGAUAAUACUAAUCCCGAAUGGCAAACCACACUUUACAUACCCUGUCUCACUCCUUCAUUCGACGAGACUGUGACGGUAGAAUUUUAUAACGGAAGUGAGUUGUUACAAUUUGAAUCUAUUGAUUUGGUGCACUUGGUCAAUAAUGGAUACCCGCCCAAAUGGAUCAACAUCUACUCCAAAGGCAUAGGAUCUCAAAAUGCAAAUUUGCUGGGUGGGAUAUUGAAGUUUUUUUCGGAUUCUACAAGCUCGCUGACGGAUUAUUUCGGCCGCAUACUAAUCAGUGCUUCGGCGGAACAGGUGCAAACGUUAUAUGUCAAGGGCAUUAAGCCGUGCAGAUCAAUUUCUCUACCACCGAUCCAGGAACGUAAAAUCGCAGUUGAUAUUUACGAAAUCGUGUCAUUGGAUCAUAGGUACAGGUUUAUUGAAGUGGUAAUUUCACAAGGCAUCUUCUCCACUAAAAGCCGCGUAUUCCAACUAAAAACUAACGGAUCCUAUGAAAUCAAUGAUUCCACCGGCAGAUUAAACGUUUUUGAACCUUCUUUCUCCUCGAAUGAUGAUGGAGAUUUGUGUGAUUUUUUUAUAUAUGUGAAUUCAUUGUCUGAUGGUACUUGUGAGCGUGUGGCAUGGGCCAGAGUACCGUAUGAAAAGGUUAAAAAUUCAGAAACUAAACCCAUGUGGAUCCUCCUCGCGUCAUUCUCCAAUGAUCAAGUUGAUUUAUUUAACAUUUUAUUAUCAUUUGAAGUUUCGUCUAAUGUCGCCAGUUUCGAGAGGAAGGAAAGGAUCAAGUAUAACCUGGCCAGAUACACUUUCAGAUGCAUGAUCUAUGAAGCUUUUCAAUUACCCUGCCUCGAAACUAAUUCUUAUCCCACCUCAUACAUCGAAAUAGAACUGUCUGGAGUGAAUAUAAAGACUGGAUUAGCCCGUGGAAGUACAAAUCCGUACUAUUUCUGUUCCAAGGAGGAGGAGGUGUAUUUACCUACAAACCUAUUACUAGCGCCAAAUAUUAACAUCAGUGUAUUUUAUGAACAAAGUUCUGUAUUUUCUAGGCCUAGACUAGUUUGUACUGGCCAGUACAGUUUAAUGAAUGUGCCACGGGAAUGGACUUGGGCACCGCAAUGGCUCAAACUAAGAUCACUCCUGAAUCCUAACCAUAAGCCUAGAGUCUUGGUAGCGUUUGAAUUAAUACCUUCAACUGAACUCAUGAAAUCACCGGAGAGUUUUCCAUUUUUUGAAGACAUUGUCCCGUCUACAAGGUCGUGCAUACUGACACUGGUUUUACUUGGGAUUAGGACUUUUAGCCUACUAGAAAAUCCCAGAAUACUAAUCAGAUUCAAAGGAUACGAUUCCUUCAUUGAUCCCGAGUAUCAUAAAAAUAGAGUUAACUCUGGUAAAAGUGAUAGAGUGAACUCACACAACUCUGUGGAAGAAUUUGAUGUAGUGAAUAUAACAGGAAAAGCCAUGGGCUCAUAUGGAAAUUGGAAUUUCUUAACGACCCAUGUGAUAAAUCUUGAAUUACCAAAGCGUAUGCAUCACCAUUCGUGUUUAGAUCUGCAAGUUGUUUGUGAUAAUACUACAGGACCGCUGGGUUCCACAGUAUUAACACUGAAUCAAUAUUUCCCGUGGCUAAAUCCUACAGAGAGGAAACUUAGUACUGAAAUGUUCCGAAUGGAAUUAAUCGACUGUUUCCACAGCUCAGCACCCACUAACACUAUUAACAUCAACAAAACACUUGAGGAUGUUAAUAAUAUUAAUGUGGAAUUUGUAGAUGAAAUUGACGUCGUAUCAAAACAUCAGUCCAGGUUUCAUGCUAUCGACAGUAAUACUCAAGUUGGUACUAAAUCUAAUAGUAUAGUUGUUGCUGCUGACUCUUUAGGAGAUAAAACUGAGGAUACUGAUUUAGGAGAUGACAGUACGAGAGAAAACACAGUAAUAACAAUAGACGAUAAGAUGGAGGAUGAACUGGAUUUCGAGAUAUUAAUUGAUGAGAGUAUGAACAGUUUAAUGCGUGAGGAGAUAUCAUAUGAACUCGAGGCUGAAAUGACCGAAGAGGCGUUUAAGUAUAAAAAAGCACCAAUUCUCAGAUUUAACGCUAAUGGAAUACCUGAAGUCAUUGGCAUUCUCAAAUUCAUUAUACAAAUUCAAGAAUCAUCCAACAACCAACAACAGCAACUCAAACAGAUAGAGAAGAUGCAGAGAGAGGCGGAUGAGACGAUAAGGCGAUUUCGUAGUAUGUGGGAUGAUGCUAAGGAUUUAGUGGUUCGUGCAUAUAUUCUGGAGGCUAAAGGUUUAUACACUAAUGGUCUAAUCAAUGAUUCCUUGUCCAUUAAAAACAUCACCGGUGAAGAUUUAACAUACAUUUGGAUACGCAAUAUCGAUGAUCAACAUACGGUUAAUAGUGGGACCACGGGUACUACUAUGAGAAGCAAGUUGUAUCCGUACAGUAUAAAAGAUUUAAAUAAUGGUAAAAAAGGGUUAAAACCGAUUUUUAACCAAUGUUAUAAUUUAAGUUGUAGUUUACCAGAGAAUUCGAUCUUGAGAAUUUCGGUAAUGAGCAGGUCAGCCCUGAGUGAAGCCAUCAUUGGCACUACUUACAUUGACUGUGAGGACCGUUUUUUUAACACCCGACUGAGAGAAUUAAUGUUAGGUGAAUUGGCGCCUGUGGAGUCUCGAGUACUCAGAGCUGAAGAACAACAGAUGGGAGAAACCAUAUCCCGUGGAGUAUUACGUAUGUGGUUGGAAGUAUUAAGAGCUGAAGAUGCUAGGGCUAAACCUAUACAGAAUUUAGGCUCACUAGAUCCUGCGAAUUAUGAAUUAAGAGUUGUAAUCUGGCGUGCCAAGUGUUUCUCAGAUGAAAUUUCUGAGAUUUCACUCUAUGUCUGUGGUUACUACCAGAAUGAACUUGGUGAGUUCACUCAGAAAACUGAUACUCACUAUCACAGUAAGGAUAAAAUUGGUAUUUUUAACUGGCGUUUUAAGUACCUCGUGACGAUACCAACGGAGUAUACAAAUUUAAAAUUACAACUGUACAGUUACACACUGUUGAAAGAUGAAGUGAUUGGUGAGGCUAAUAUUGAUUUGGGCUAUGAAUUUCACAGAGUCUGGAAGAAAAACAGACUCCACUCAAUACCUAAAUUCACUGCGAAUCUCUACAGCUUGGCAGACAGUAGUAAAAUCGUCGGCAGCGUAGAUGUGGAAAUUAGUCUUUUAAACGAAAGUGAUAGUAAAAGAUACCCAGUUGGUGCUGGUAGAGAAGAACCAAACAGAGAUCCAUUCUUACCCAAGGUUAGUCAGAAUCGUAACUUUGUUGACUUUGCCGGGUUUGGUGAUACUUUUGUCAACUUUGGCACUAAAAUCAUUUCUGGUAUUAAAACCACCGGUGCCAUCAUCGUCGUACUUUCCAUCUUCGCUCUAGCCAUUGUUAUUCUCAUUAUCAUCAAAUAA